CUAUCAAUCUUUCUCUGAAAGACAUGUCUCGGGUGUCUGUUCGUAUCCGUGAUGAAUGGCUGGCGAUCCCGUGUCCGGAUCGGUCUCAGUGUAUAAGCUGGUUGGGUGUGGAGGCUCUGCGGCGCUACGCUAAGGCUCACCCCAGUGACACUGUAAAUGGCCAGGAAAGCUUUGUGCUCAGGAGGUGUCUGGACAAAGCUUUACUAGAUUUGGAUGACUCCAUCAACCGCGUUCUUGACAACAACGACUUUAUUGAGCUGAGUAUUAAUGAAGACACUUGGGAAGAAUCUAAUGUGUUACUGUCUGGCAAUAUUAGAAAAAUCCAGUUAAAACAGCAAGAGAAGUAUAUCUCUAUAGAUGGGAAAAGCCUCACAACUGCAGACCUGGUCAGUUUAGGAAAAGGCAUCUAUAAGAUUAAGCUCAGUGCUGAGGCAGAGAAACACGUCAUUGGAGGCAGAUAUCUCAUCGAGAAGAUCAUAUCUGAAAAUAAAGUUGUUUAUGGCGUUAACACAGGAUUUGGGAAAUUUGCACGGACAGUCGUGGGGAAAGAUCAACUCAAGGAGCUGCAAGAAAAUCUGAUCCGCUCACACAGUGCUGGGGUCGGAGCCCCACUGAGUCCAGAGAGGACCCGGAUGUUUCUUGCUCUCAGGAUUAAUGUCUUAGCUAAAGGUCAUAGCGGUGUUUCCUUGGAGACUCUUCAGAAAAUGGUGGCAGCCUUUAAUGCCUCCUGUCUCUCCUGGGUUCCUGAGCAAGGGACAGUAGGGGCGAGUGGAGACCUGGUCCCUCUAGCUCACCUGGCUCUGGGGCUGAUGGGAGAAGGACGCAUGUGGUCACCACAGACCGGCUGGACUGACGCCACAGCUGUUCUAGAAGCACACGGUCUGACCCCAAUAUCACUGAAACCCAAAGAGGGACUUUCUCUGAUUAAUGGGACUCAGAUGAUAUCAUCACUGGGUGCUGAGGCAGUAGAGAGAGCAGAAGCGAUCACCCGGCAGGCUGAUGUCAUCUCUGCUCUCACUCUAGAGACACUGAAGGGAACCAACAAAGCUUUCGACAUUGAUGUCCAUGCAGUGCGGCCUCACCCGGGUCAGAUUUUAGUUGCCGGGAGAUUUCGCUCCCUGCUUCAUUCUGACUUCUUUCCCUCAGAAAUCACAGAUGAGAAUUCCUACAAUAGUGUUCAGGAUGCCUACACACUGCGAUGCUGCCCUCAGGUGCAUGGAGUAGCCAAUGACACAGUUGCAUUUGUGAAGAACAUUCUCAAUACUGAAUUAAACAGUGCCACCGAUAAUCCUUUGGUAUUUUCAGAACGAGGAAUCACUAUUUCAGGAGGAAACUUCCACGGUGAAUAUCCUGCUAAGGCUCUGGACUUCCUGGCUAUAGGAGUGCAUGAGCUGGCGAGUAUUAGUGAGCGGCGUAUUGAGAGGCUGUGUAAUCCUUUACUCAGUAACCUCCCUGCCUUCCUGGUGAAAGAAGGAGGAUUAAAUUCAGGCUUUAUGGUGGUCCAUUGCACUGCUGCUGCCCUUGUGUCGGAGAAUAAGGUGCUGUGCCACCCGGCCUCUGUGGACUCUCUGUCCACCAGUGCAGCUACAGAAGACCAUGUGUCUAUGGGGGGCUGGGCAGCCAGAAAGGCCCUGAAGGUGGUCGAGCAUGUGGAGCAGGUCCUUGCCAUAGAGUUACUCGCUGCCUGCCAGGCUCUGGAGUUCCACCGGCCCUUAAAGACCACAGCACCUCUGGAGAAGGUCUAUGAGCUCCUGCGCUCUAUAGUCAGGCCUUGGGACAAAGACCGUGCCAUGAGCUGUGAUAUUGAAGCAGCUCACCAACUCCUUCUAGAGGAAAAGGUGUGGAAGGCAGUCCUACCAUACAUGGUCCAGUACAAGGAGAGGGACCACCAGCAUCUCUCUUCUGUUAGCUGAAUUGGACGCUUUUGCACUCGCUUCUCUUGCUCACGUUCAUAUUUAAAAAGCUCUUUUCUCAUAUACAGAAAGUUCAUUCAGAACUCUCACAAAUAUUCAGGAAAUAUCAGUCACUCAGAUAUAAUUUGGAUGUCAUCUGAGGUGUCAACCUGUAAAAAAAAAAAUUUUUUUUUUUCAGUGUCUGUGCUACCACCACCAUGCUUCUUUACAGCAUUUUCUAAUAUGACACGCAUGUGACUAUGAUUGGUUACCCAAUUGUCUUGAAUAACAAUGAACACAAUAGUGCUCAAUAUGUGAUGCAAAUUUUAAGUAAACAUUCAGCGGACAUUUCAGCAGCUGUCUGAGGAACACAGGUGUUAGAUUAUCAGGUUAUGCUAUGACAGUUUUCAAAUUAUAUAUAUUCAGUGCCCUCCACUAAUAUUGGCACCCUUGGUAAAUAUGAGCAAAGAAGGCUAUCUUUUCACAAAAAUACUCUGCUCUCAUGGAUAUCAAACAACUGCAAACUAAAUACAGGUUUAUUAAAAUAAAAUCUUUGUUAAAUAUAGGUGUGGCACAAUUAUUGGCACCUGUUUAUUCAAUACUUUGUGCUACCUCCCUUUGCCAAGAUAACAGCUCUGAAUGUUCUCCUAUAAUGCCUGAUGAGGUUGGAGAGCACAUGGCAAGGGAUCUAAGACCAUUCCUCCAUACAGAAUCUCUCCAGAUCAUUCAAAUUUCGAGGUCCACGCUGGUGGACUCUCCUCUUCAUUUCACUAGUUCACCCCUCAGGUUUUCUAUGGGUUACAAGGCAGGGGACAGGGAUGGUGUUGAUUUUGAUGUGUGUUUUGGAUCAUUGUCCUGCUGGAACAUUCAACCACGGCCCAUUGUAAGAUAUUUGAAAGAGUCAAUGAUGCCAUGUAUCCUAACAAAAUGUCCAUGUCCUCUGGCAGACCAAAAAAAAAAAAAAGAAGCUUUAUUUUGGUUUCUUCUGACCAUAGAACCCGACCCCAUUUGAAGAUUUCAGUAGUGUCUGGCAAACUGAAGACGCUUGAGUUUGUUUUUGGAUGAGAGUAGAGGCUUUUUUCUUGAAACCCUUCCAAACAACUUGUGGUGAUGUAGGUGACUUCAGAUUGUAGUUUUGGAGACUUUCUGACCCCAAGACGCAUCUAACAUGUGCAAUUCUCCAGCUGUGAUCCUUGGAGAUUAUUUGGCCACUCGAACCAUCCUCUUCACAGUGCGUUGAGAAAAUAUAGACACACAUACAAUUCCAGAUUGAUUCAUAACCUGGAACUUCUUAAUUAUUACCCUGAUGGUGGAAAAGCUGUUUUCUUAUAGCCACUUCCCAUCUUGUGAAGCUCAACAACCUUUUGCCAAUAUUAGUGGAUGGCACUGUGUGUGUGUGUGUGUGUGUGUGUGUG